AAAAAAAAUGAAAAAAAAAAACUUCUCACCUAUUUUUUUUUAAGCCUGUUAGAGCCAUGACACUAAAUGAGACUGCAUAGCACCUUGAAAUAUUGAAUUUUGUCUCUUUAUCUGGCCUGGUAUCUUCUGAGGUCUUCUGUUUUUGUUCAGUUGAACCCAAUCCCAAACUUAUAUUCUUUGAAGUUUUCCUCUAUUGUGGCAAAAACAAAGAAACAGGUUCAGGGGCUGGGGAUGUGGCUCAAGCGGUAGCGCUCGCCUGGCAUGCAUGCGGCCUGGGUUUGAUCCUCAGCACCACAUACAAAUAAAGAUGUUGUAUCCGCCGAAAACUAAAAAAUAAAUAUUAAAAAAUCCCCCCCGCCCCCCAAUCUCUCUCUUAAAAAAAAAAGGUUCAUAUCUCUUCCAUAUUCCCACUAGUAUAGCAUUAACAAUUUCUCUGUAUUGGGAUAGAAAAAUGCUAAAAUAUUAUAAAGCAAUUCCUAAAAUUUAGUGAUAGAAUUGCUAAAAUACAAACAAGAUGGACUUUUCUGAGCACAAGAAUAAUAAUUUGAAACUGGAUUUACUUGCAAUGAGUGUCUAUGCCAUAUUUCUCCAUUCCCAGCCCUACUUAAGGGGAGAAAAUUGUAUUAUGCAUGCAAAAAACUCAGCACAAAAAUCUAUUAGGUUCCUAGUUUUCCAUUACAAUAGGCAGAAUCUGCAGCUGUUAUGCUAAGGUGGAAAAUAUGUAUAGAGAAAUGAAUAAACAACUGAGCUUCUGUAUUGUGUUUCUUUCCAAAUAGUGAAAAGUGUGUGGUGAGGGAGCACCGGACAGACCAUCUCAUAAGCCAUUAAUGGAAAGGGCUCAGAGAAAUUGCUCUCAUACAUACUUUUCCAUCAAGAUUAGAGCUUUAUGAAAUUAUUUGGCUUGGGAAAUAAAUCCAGUGGGGUACUCUUUAGUUAGUCUCUGGAAAAUGAGGUGAUAGCUCAAUUCAAGAUGCAAUUGGAUUUUUACUUUUGCUCCACCUGAGCAGGAAAAGAAAAUUAAUUGCUCAUGGGAGAUGAGUAAGUAAAUUGUUUUAAAAUCCUUGAGAAGAGAAACCAUAUCUGUUCUUUGUAGCUCCUAGCGCUAACACUGUUGCCUGUGAAAAGUCGCCCUUUGCAAGAACAUUCAAUACCUUUUCUGAGCUUCCUGGUAAACUUCUUAGCAUGGUGCAUGUUGCGAUCCACAGGCUGGCCCCCAAUCCUGUGGUCCCCACCAUGUCUCUCCUCUAUGAGACUACUCAUAAUUCCUCAAACUUGCCAUUUGCCUUCUUACCUUUUGCACAUACUCUUCACUCAACUUCAUAUGCCUUUACCCUCCCUCUGAGCCUCCAUCUAUCAAAUACUACUCAGGCUUGGAGAUCAGUUGUUCUUUCCCUGUAACUCCCUGAUAUCUCCCUCAUCUCAGAUUUGAUCUCCCUGUAGCUGUCCUAUUGGAGCUUACACCUGAUCUGCUUUGUCCUUGCAUUUACCUGUCCAGAGUAUUCUUCAUCCUGCUCUCCACACCAGUGGAAAGGGGCAGAUUUACAGUCAGAGGGCUUAGGGUCUCUACUACUAAAUGUAGCUUGUCUAAACCCUAAUUUAGAAGUUUUGGGUUUUUUUUUUUAACCUGUUACACAGGUUUGAUAAAGACUUAAAUGUUAAGAAUUGAGAUAAUAUUUGAGAAUUUUUUUUGCUAAAUUCAGUAAUUUAUAAAUGAUAACUAAUUUCACUACAACAGGGAUGUCUGUGAAGGCAGGCAGGAGUGUCUGGUACUUUGUAUGUUUAAUAAUAUAAAGUUAGCUGUUCUUUGUGUUCUGUACUAGAGCCUUGCAGACAGUAGAUUUUUAACAGUUUUGACUAUUGUUAAAAUAGGGAAUUAGUAGAGGACAGAAGCAUCAUUCCUAUUCUGGGGAAAGUACCUCAAAAGCAGAGUCUGAAGCACCAGAAACUCAUUAUCGAUGGAUUUAGGAUACACGGUAAAGAUAGUUGAUAUUGGGUUAUGGAUGGUGGGGUGUGCGAUGUUCAUGAAUUAGAGGAGGACCCUUUUUCCCAAGGGCUAGAAUUCAAGCUCUUGUUUGACUAGUAAAGAGUUAAUAAUUUCCCAAGUCUGAUGUUAUUUGUGUAUUACUAAAUUCUGACCUUCACACUCAUUCUAAACACCCACAGAUUUGUGUAUUUGAGUCUUUGCCUACGCAUUUCUAUUAUCUUUUAAAAACUACUUCAGCAUGCCUGUGUUAUAAUGGUUGCACCACAAUUUUACAUAACUCUGGACACAAAGAAAUCUAAAAUGAAAUAGCAGAACACAAGCAGCAACACUUGAGAAAUGCUAUUUAUAAUUCUUCAUUUCAGUAGCUUAUUGUCUCCUCUAAAAGGUCACAGAUUAUCUGUAUUUGUAAAUGAAAGGAGGAUAGAAUAACAUUUUGAGUUCUUCUCAGCAAAGGAGCAGGGUAAGUGCGAAAUGGAGGAUAACUGCCACUGAGCAAAGGAUAGUCUUAGGAAUCUUCACUGUUGGGUGAUCUUAAACUAAAAUAAUCUCAUUCCAGAGAGGGGAUGUAAAGUAGGGAACGAGGUAAACAGAUAUGCUUAAGAUUUAAUAAAAAAUGACUCAUUUUUUUCCCUUGAAAGUUCUGCAUUUUCACCCCAGAAAAGUGAAGUGGGUUUAUGGCAGAUCCCCUGAGCCGCUACCCAGCAGCCACGCUCUCUUCUAUUUCUUAAGUUUGAAUGGGAGCAGCACUGUGUCCAUCCCCAGGGAGUACCCAUGAUCACCUAAGCUAGUCAUGGCAAUCCCAACCUUCAUGGAUCAUCUCUUUCUUGAUUUCUUUGCUCUGGCCCAUGAAAUGUAAGGGAAAAUCGAUCGAGUUCUUGUGAGAAUUGUUUUAUUUCACAAUAAAAGAGACAAAGCAAGAUAAUCCUUCCCUUUUGGGUUGGGUGAAAACAGUGCUGCAGAGCCAUCUUGUAAACAGUGCCAGACCCCAUCAUGGAAUUACCCAACAACUCCUAACAGCUUCACAGUGGCUUCCUAAACAGUUUUUUCCUUUUUAGUGCCUCUUCCUCUGUCAGGGAGGAAGGUGCCCUGUUACAGAUAUAUCCUGUUAAACUGAAGUACAAUGGAAGAAGAUUGCCUUGUGAACAGCCAAAAGUCAGUACAACUUAAAUAGGGCCAGUUACCGCAAAUGUUUCCUGGGAUGCUUCCUCCUGAGAGCAGGUUGCUUACAAAUGCAAGGGAUGAUGAUCAUAAGUAUGACUUCUGUAUUUUCUAGUUCCUACAGUGAAGCCAUCAUUCAUCAAUUUAUUCAUUCAGAAAAUCAGCCAAUAAACAAACAUUUAUUGAGGUCCUUGAAAGUCCCAGGUACCACUACAUGCUGGGCACUAGUGAUAGAAGUAAGCUAGGGUUCUUGCCCUCUACAGACAGACAUGAAACAAACAUUCCACCAGAAAGUAAUGACAGUUGUGAUAUACGCUGCCAAGGGUGCCCUGAGAGUAACUAAUUGCAAGAUAGGAGUGGGAAUGGUGGCAGUGAUCAGAGAAGACUCUGCAACAAGUAAACUGAAUUACCAUUUAUAGUCUAUUUCAUGAUUAUUCAGAAUUCUUCAGUUGAAAAAUGAGAAGAGCAGUAAAGAUGGAAAAGAGGAGACAGCAAGAAACAUGGCAGUAGAAAUAAUAGAAUGUGGUGAUUAACCCAUAAUGUGAGAGGUUGAGGUCAAGGACAGCUCCACAGGCCUGCUAGGGCUGCUGGGUGCAUGGAGGCACAUUCAUCAGUGUGUUCAAUUCCAAAAAUGGAUCCCAUUCUCUACUGCUUUCUGUCCUAACUAUUUCAAAUGCAAAUUUGCUGCUGCUUCCAUAAAGCUGUGGAGUGCAUUUCCUCACUCCUUGAAUUUGUGCUGACCUCAUGACUUACUUUGGCUGGCAAAAGGCAACAGAAGUGAUUUGUUUUACUUUGGAGCCAAGGCUUCAAGAGGUAUUGUCCACUUCCACUCACUCCUUGGAACUUGCCACAUAAGAAUAAGCCCUCCAAACUGCUGGAUAUAACACAUGUGAUUUUGUCACUGCUCCUCCCCCAUUAUUGCCUUUAGCCAGUUAGUUGUCAGACUUGAGCAAUGCAGGAGCAUAGUAGCCAGCUCUCUGCCUCUCCCAAGACUAGGAACUCUGCUAGUGCAGCAAAGAGCUCAGCCAAGAUCUUCAGAGCCUGGCCUAGAUUAAAUGACUCACCCACUGACCUUAUAGCCUUGUGAGCAAUAGCAAGCAGUGAUUGUUGUCCUAUGCUAUUAAAUUUUGUGUGGUUUGUCAAGCAGCAAAAACUGAUAAAGCCAGGAUAGAGCAAGGGAAUGAAUAGGGUGGGGCUAAUAGGCAAUUGGACAGAAGAGUUUGGAAAACAGCAGAUCAAAAGCAUGAGGUCUUUAUUAGGCUCCUGCCUUACUAUGGUGGGCUCCUGAAUUCCAAGAACUAGGCCAUUUUUCUCUUCUGUGUCCUCUUCCUCCCUUUCCCCUGCCCCCUCUCUAUAAACUCCACCGUGUAUCUAGAAGUAAAUACUUGAACAAUGAAGUAAAUCCAUGACUCAAGUGCGUAAACAGAAUUAAUGAUGGAGAAUUAGUCCAGAACCAGAGCUCUCAGCAGGUGGAAUGCUCACUGUUUACCAAUGAGUCAAUUCAGCCUGCGCCAGCAGGGAAGGGGCUGCCAAGGUUUGGAUGCUGAGCUGCAAACGACUGCCCCCAAGGGGACUUCACAUGUAAGUGACUGUAGUUAUCUCCAGUGAUACUUGGAGGGGUUGGGGGGCUGGGUGGCUCUUGCCUCCUCCAUCCUUUUUUCCAAAAGAAUGUCACACCUCAGCACCUUUUGAAAAUAAAAGAGCAACAUUCCACAGGAUUCUAUCCCUUCCAUUGUUGCAGAAAUAUCCGACCAAUUGCGUUUUUCCCUUUUUCUUUCCUCCAUUAGCUCUAAUCACAGGUUGACCUACAGAGCUAGUGACCAAAACUGGCCACUGUGGGGCGGAGAGGGCCGCGGAAGUGCCAGAUACAGCCUGAAAGCCAGGAUGAUGGUCUCUAUGGCUGGUGGCCGUAUUUCCAGGGUUCGCGAGCUCAGAGCGGUGCAGGUUCCCUAGCACUGCGCGUCAGACUGCAAAGUGGUGCGCACGCCUGCGGUGACGGUCCCUUUGGAUCACCCUGCUCCCGCCCCAGCUCGCCGCUACGGGGAGGGGCGGGGAAUAGGAGGAGCUGGAGGCGGCCACCGCGCUCCCCCGCAAGCCGAGCGCUUUUAAAGCCGCGGAACUUGACAGCUAGGCUGGCCUCCGCCACCGUCCUGGCGCCCGGUGUUCCCGCGCUCUCUGCUCGCGAGCCGAUUCCAGGUGCGGUCGAGGCCGGGACCGCUCGGCUUGCGCGCUUCACUGCCCGACGCGCUCCAUGCGGCCACUCAACAUGUCGGGGCACUUUCUGCUGGCUCCCAUUCCUGAGUGCUCCUCCGACUACCUCCUACCCAAAGACAUCAAGCUAGCGGUGUUGGGAGCCGGGCGUGUAGGAAAGAGCGCAAUGAUUGUGCGCUUCCUCACCAAGAGAUUCAUUGGCGACUAUGAGCCGAAUACAGGCAAGUUGUAUUCACGUCUCGUCUAUGUGGAGGGAGACCAGCUGUCUCUGCAGAUCCAGGACACUCCUGGGGGUAUCCAGGCCCAAGACAACCUCAGCCAGGCCAUUGAUUCUCUAUCCAAGUGCGUGCAGUGGGCCGAGGGCUUUCUUCUUGUCUAUUCCAUCACAGACUAUGACAGCUACCAGUCCAUCCGGCCCCUUUAUCAGCAUAUCCGGAAGGUUCAUCCUGAUUCUAAAGCCCCUGUCAUCAUAGUGGGCAAUAAGGGGGACCUUCUGCAUGCCCGGCAGGUACAAACGCAUGAUGGUAUUCAGCUAGCCAAUGAGCUGGGCAGCCUAUUCCUUGAAAUUUCCACUAGUGAAAACUAUGAAGACGUCUGUGAUGUGUUUCAGCAUCUUUGCAAAGAAGUAAGCAAGCUGCACAGCCUCAGUGGGGAGCGGAGAAGGGCCUCUAUCAUCCCCCGGCCACGCUCUCCCAACAUGCAGGACCUGAAGAGACGCUUCAAGCAGGCUCUGUCUUCCAAAGUAAAAGCACCCUCCACCUUGGGGUAAAACAUCUCAGACAGACUGACAUCCUUUUUAUUAUGCAUUUGUGCAGCUACAAAGACUGGACCUCUCCCUUUUUAAUCAUACAUUCAGAGUUUAUUUUUAUAAAGACUUUAUUGGUUUCCAAGUGUAUGUGUGUUACUAAAAAUUCAAACUGAAUGCCUAGAAGUUGGGUAGUUUUUUUAAAUAAAAGAUUUUUUUUUUUAACUGUAACUGCGAGCCACUUUUCCAUUAAAGGCAAAAUGGCAACAUUGCUCCUUA